AUGCCCUACCAGCCAUCAAUAAGUAGGUUUUUCAAGUCUUGCUCCAAACCCUCGACUUCCAGCGAUUCAAAAAACCCACAGGAUGGGCAAACGUCAGAUUCCAAUUUAGCUGAUUCCAAACAAGUGGGCCACGCCUCUGCUACCCCACCGGCGUACCGCCCUGGAAUUGCUCAGAGUCUAAACACAAGCAAAGCGGCUCUCAACGAGUUUACUUUUUUGCGUGCUAAAACUCAAAGUGAGUCGGAAAAUACUGCGUUGCAGGCACGCGAUUCUACUGACUUUUCCGCCAAGCUGUCUAAAGCAUUGCUAAAAAGAGCCUCUGGUGUAAUUGAUAAAGCUCACGAUGCUGAGAGUGUGGAAACUUAUCAAGAUGCCUCACCACCAGCUGAAAAAAGACCAAAAAAUGGCAAACUGACACCUUUAGAUCAACAGGUCAAAGACCUGAAAUUACAGCACAUGGAUAAAAUCCUAGCAAUCCGAGUCGGCUACAAGUACAAGUUUUUCGCUAUGGACGCUGUUAUAGUCAGUAAAAUUCUUCAGAUCAUGUUAAUCAAGGGCAAAUUGACUUUUGACGACUCGAACUUGCAAGAUUGUUAUUGCAAGCAACUUGCAUACUGUAGCAUCCCAGAUAAUAGACUACAAGUUCAUUUGCAAAGGCUCCUUCAUCACAAUCUGAAGGUUGGUGUUGUUGAACAAGUGGAGACCCAAGCUAUAAAAAAGGUGACCGGAAGCAGCAGUGGUGUAUUCCGGAGGCAGGUGGAUAAAGUAUUUACCAAAGCCACCUUUUCAAUCAAUGAAACAUUUAGUCGCACAGACAUAAGUCAUAGAGAUGAUCUGAAUACCAUCUGGGCCAUAAGAGUAGAUGAGGACGAUCAUUUCAACCAUUUCUGGAUACUCUCCGUUCAGCUAACAAGCGGAGAAGUGAUAUACGAUAGUUUCAGCGACAGACGAAACUGUAAAAUUGAGCUUGAUAAAAGAAUAUCUUACCUCAAACCUAUCGAAAUUGUAUCAUCAAGAAAACUGCCCGAGUCUAUUACGGGCUUUGUCAAGAGUCGACAGCCUCAAGUGCAGUUCUACGACACUGAUUAUCUGGUACCGGAGGACACUAAUUCUGAUCUGUUGAAAGAGCUGAAUCUGACAACAGAAAUUCUCGAUUUACGAGCAGUGAUCAAAAGAUAUUUAGAGGCUUACAACACAGAAAAAGUUGUUGAUAUCUCUCAAAAUUAUAAGCCAUUCAGCUCAAAAACUCACAUGGUACUUUCUCCAAACACGUUGGAUAGCCUAGAAAUCUUCGAAAAUCAAACCGAUCAAACCCGCCGUGGAUCUCUCUUAUGGCUACUUGAUCACACCAGAACACCUUAUGGCUAUAGACUACUGCGAGAUUGGAUCUCAAAACCCCUUAUCGAUAAAGGAAUUAUUAACGAGAGGUUAGAUGCCAUAGAAUGUGUGAAAGAAGAGAUCACAAAUAUUUUCAUGGAGGGUUUGGGCAAUCUUUUGAAAGAUACACCGGACUUUUUAAGAAACCUGAAUAGAAUCUCUUACGGACAGACUUCGAGAAAAGAAGUCUUCUUUUUCCUGAAGCAUCUUGAUAUUAUUGCCAAACACUUCAAAAGUCAUCAUUUCUAUUUUCAAGAACAAGUUAUGGCCCCAAGCGGUAGGGUUCAUCAGAAGUCUAAUUUGCUUGCGUCACUGUUGAGUCAGUUGAACGAUGCGUUGCAAAAGCUUGAUGUUAGCAACCUUCUUGCCAUGAUAAAUGUUGGGGCCAUUCUGGAUAAGGACAAAGAAAAGCGAUGCGUAGAGUUUUUCAAUCUUAACAGGUAUGACCACUCCGAGCCCAUUGUUGCUAAACUGAAUGACAUCGAAAAUGUCCGACAAGAACUGCACAAAGAAUUGGAUAGCAUACGGCGGCUUUUGAAAAGACCUAGGUUUUUUUUUAAGGAUGAGGUAGAGUAUUCGAUUGAAGUUCGUAACACUCAACUUGCGGGCUUGCCAAAAGAUUGGAUCAAAGUUAACAGUACAAAAACCCUAAGCAGAUUCAGAACUCCGGAGACAACAAAGCUCGUCGAACAGCUAGAAUACCACAAAAACGUCUUGAAAAUCGUUUGCGAUGAACACUUCAAAUUGUUUGUCAGUCGCAUUAGCCAUGAGUACCACUUAUUAAGAGAGAUUGUUGGUAAUUUGGCGGUAUUCGAUUGCAUUCUCUCCCUGGCUGCAACGUCUUUCAAUCGAAAGUAUGUGCGCCCCAAAUUUGUCGAUGGCACACGGCAUGUGAAGAUCAGAAACGGAAGAAAUCCGAUCAUUGAGUCACUGGAUGUAAACUAUGUUGCAAAUGAUAUCCACAUGAGAGAAGACGAAAAUAAACUCAUGAUUAUCACUGGUCCUAAUAUGGGCGGCAAGUCGUCGUUCAUACGCCAAGUGGCCCUCAUCAGCAUCCUGGCACAGAUCGGCUCAUUUGUACCGGCAGACAGCGCUGAGAUGCCCAUGUUUGAGAGCAUCUUUACACGUAUUGGAGCUCACGAUAAUCUCAUUAGAGGUGACUCUACUUUCAAGGUUGAAAUGCUGGAGAUGCUUGACAUCAUUCAAAACUCUGGAGAAAACUCUCUACUUCUUUUGGAUGAAGUAGGAAGAGGAACCGGUACGACAGAUGGCAUCAGCAUUUCAUAUGCGAUCAUUAGGUAUUUUCUUGCCUCAGAAAGCAAAUGUCCUUUCAUUCUUUUCAUUACACACUACCCAAUACUAGGAUCUAUCAAAUCACCAUUACUGGAUAAUUACCAUAUGGCCUACAUUGAAGAAAAGCGCCCAGGUGAAAACUGGCCGACCGUUGUAUUUCUUUACAAAUUGAGAAAGGGUUUGGCCAGCGAUUCGUAUGGUCUCAAUGUCGCGAGGCUUGCUAGGAUUCCCACCGAGGUAAUAAACAAAGCAUACGACAUUUCCCAGAGAUCGAAAGCGGAGGUAGAAAGUGAAGGGGCCCUACAUUUUGCCAGUAUGUUGAAGUCCGUUAUUACCACAGACUCUCUAUCUUAUCGUCAAAAAUUGGCAAAGCUGUUAGAUAUCUAG